AUGGCUGCCAUCGUCCCGAUUUCGUGCAACCAGCGCUGGCGCAGUCGCUCGCGCAAUGCCAGCACGGACUCAGACUUUUUGGGUCUCAUCCCAGCGCCCCUGCCGACCGAUAAUAUGCUGCAAGAAGCUGAUGCAUCCGAGAGCGAGGACGAGGAUGACUCCAUCGAGCAGGUGGAGUCCUCGCACAACAUUGUCAUUCCUCGAGAAUUUACUGCCCACGAAGCUGCGUGGUCGAUCCCACCUCGGAUCAAGAAUGCCAAGUCCAUGGAGAGACGACGGGCGAGUAGCUCGUAG